AUGGUGUCAAACAAUAGGAUUGCGAGGAAUCGGUUGGCGAAAGAACUGGAAGAGAUUGAGAGAAACCCACCGAUUGAGCUGUCGGUCGGUCCGGUGGACGAUAACCUGUUCCACUGGGAGGGCAUACUUCACGGCCCACUCGACAGCCCAUACGAAGGCGGGCUCUUUCGCUUCAGAGUGGACUUCACCGCCGAUUAUCCCAACAAAGCGCCAAAAAUUCGUUUCAUUUCUCGUGUAUUUCAUCCGAAUAUAAGCAGAAACGGAGACAUUUGCGUGGAUUUGCUUCAGAAACAGUGGUCGUCGGCCUAUACUCUAACUCAAGCCAUGAUUUGCAUCUCAUCGCUGUUAACCGAUCCCAACACCGGCUCACCAUUGAAUCCAAUGAGCGCUCAAUUGUAUGAAACGGAUCGACAGAAAUAUAACUCUACUGUUAGAGAAUGGGUCAGAAUAUACGCCAGCGCUGAGAGUCUGGACAUGUAG